AUGGAGGAUCCCACGACGCAACAGCAGCCCGCGGCGGCAUCGCCAUCCUUGCCAGUGCCGACCACGCUUGAACCUGAACCCAUAUCCCGACCGAGCUCGACGUCGACCCAGGCCUCGGUGCCUCAAAACAUGUCGCAUAUGUUGCCCGGUAUCGCAUCCAUUGCCACUACCACUACCACCACCACCACCACCACCGUCACCACCAACAACAACAAUAACAACAACAACAACAACAACAACAAUACGCCGGCGACAGUCACAUCACCACAGCCUAGACCCAUGACCAUGGCCGCUCCUCCCAUGAUUCCUCCAGGCACCUCUCCAGCUGCUAGCUCGCAUCCAGGUCCAGGAGGCAACUUGUCGCGUCUUGCGACACAAUCGGGCGGUUGGCAAUGGAUCAACGUCACGAAAAGCCGGGUUUGCUGA